ACUGGUGGUGGCCACAGGGGGACUUGAGUCUCCAGCCACUCGCGGCUCCUCACAUUCACUGCCGGCCUCCUCCACUCGGAAGCACCCCAGAAUCUCAGCCCAGAUCGGGUGCACGAGCCAGCCCACCUGCCCUCACUACCCAAACGCGCACCGCCCCCAUCUGGGUCCCAGGUUCUGCUUUUCUCAGCCUUCGUCCCUCAAGCCAGCCCCAGCGCUUGCCAGCCAGGGUGGGCAUCAAGAUGAAGGCGGCCCGCUUCGUGAUGCGCAGCACCGGCUCACUGAGCAGCGCCAGCCUGGUGCCCCGCGAGGUUGAGCAUUUUUCACGCUACAGCCCGUCCCCACUAUCCAUGAAGCAGCUCCUGGACUUUGGUUCAGAAAAUGCAUGUGAAAGAACUUCUUUUGCAUUUUUGAGACAAGAAUUGCCUGUGAGGCUAGCCAAUAUCCUGAAGGAAAUUGAUAUCCUCCCUGAUCGAUUAGUCAAGACUUCUUCAGUGCAAUUAGUUAAAAGCUGGUAUAUCCAGAGCCUGAUGGAUUUGGUGGAAUUCCAUGAGAAAAGCCCAGAGGACCAGAAAGCAUUAUCAGAGCGCCCCAAGACACUCAUUUUGAAAAUAAGCCAGUUGUCAUAUUUAGCCUGUAAGAUUUAUUUUGUAGAUACGCUCAUCAAAGUUCGAAAUAGACACCACAAUGUAGUUCCAACCAUGGCACAAGGAAUCAUCGAAUAUAAAGAUGGCUGCACAGUUGACCCAGUCACCAAUCAAAAUCUCCAGUAUUUCUUGGAUCGAUUUUACAUGAACCGUAUUUCUACGCGGAUGCUGAUGAACCAGCAUAUUCUUAUAUUUAGUGACUCACAGACAGGAAACCCAACUCACAUUGGAAGCAUUGAUCCAAACUGUGAUGUGGCAGCCGUGGUCCAAGAUGCCUUUGAGUGUUCAAAGAUGCUUUGUGACCAGUAUUAUUUAACAUCUCCAGAAUUAAAGCUCACACAAGUGAAUGGAAAAUCUCCAGGCCAACCAAUUCACAUUGUGUAUGUACCUUCUCACCUUCAUCAUAUGCUCUUUGAACUAUUCAAGAAUGCAAUGAGGGCAACAGUCGAACACCAGGAAAAUUGGCCUUCCCUUACACCAAUUGAAGUGAUUGUUGUCUUGGGAAAAGAAGAUCUUACAAUUAAGAUUUCAGACAGAGGAGGUGGCGUUCCCCUGAGGAUCAUUGAGCGCCUCUUUAGUUACACUUACUCCACUGCACCAACGCCCGUGAUGGAUAAUUCUCGGAAUGCUCCUUUGGCCGGUUUUGGUUACGGCUUGCCAAUUUCUCGUCUCUAUGCCAAGUACUUUCAAGGAGAUCUGAAUCUCUACUCUAUGUCAGGAUAUGGAACAGAUGCCAUCAUCUAUUUAAAGGCUUUAUCUUCAGAGUCUGUAGAAAAACUUCCAGUCUUUAACAAAUCAGCCUUCAAACAUUAUCAGAUGAGCAUCGAGGCUGACGACUGGUGUAUCCCAAGCAAGGAACCAAAGAACUUGGCAAAGGAGAAAGUGGCUCUGUGAAGAGGGACACUCAGAACACUUUAAGGGAUCAAAGUGGGUCCACGCCAGUGCUGCUUCCUGAAUGUUUGCGUGCGAACUCUUGUUUCCUCAAAAACAAACAAAAGCAACAAAAACUCCUUGAUCAGAACAGUGGUGCAAAGAGGAACGAAGCCCUCUUCUCUGACCCAGGAAAGUGGAACGCAGGCAUUACUCUUUAAACCUAGUAUAAUGUACGAGCUUAUGUCAAAUCCUGAAGUAUGAAAAACCCGUUUGCCAUGUCUGUAGCAACAAGGAUAGGAAUGCAAGCGAAGUGAAGAUGUAAGCUAGCACUUGCAGUGGACUGAUAUUUUAGGCCUGCAGUUGAUGGCAUAAGAUAUUGGUAUUUAUUGCAUAUCAAGUGUCAAUAUGCCAAUAUUUCCCUUCCAUCAAAGGGUUGGGGCUUAGUUUACGCUAUGUCAUUAGAAAUGUAUGUAAAGGUGCAUUUCCUAUAUUUCUAUGUGCUUUAGGGAGGAAAAGCUGGUGACUAUGUAACGUUUACUUUGUAUGUUAUUUGAAUGAAGAGGAAUGAGUCAAAAUGUUUUAUUCCAAGUUGCAGCCAAGGCACUGGGCCAGUAUAGAAACUCAGAAGAAAGCCUCUUCUGAUAAAUACCGCAUCUUCAUUAUGCUGCUCUCCUGCUGACACUUCAUGUAAUAAGUGAACACUUAUUGCCAGGUGCCUGCCUAGUCCUGGGUGAGUUUUAAAAUAUGCACUGAAUUCAGGAUGUUGGCGGUUGGAGAGGGAGAAGAAUUACCAAAGUGAUAACGAAACUAUCUCUUGCUUUGCUUUGUUUAUAAAUGAAAUGGUAGAUUGGAAAAACCAAUGUUCAGGAAAGAAAUCAUGCAUUCAGAACCUAACUCAGUAGGAGGGGCUAUUCUCUCCCCUGCAAGGGUGGUAAUCCAAUGAUGGCAUCCCCUUUCUAGGCUUAAAAAGAUAUAUUUUUGAUAUAUGUAAUUAUAUUCUCUACAUUCUUGCAUUAAUAUGUCUGUAAAAACAAUUCCUAAUUAUCAAAUGGCUCGAGAACAUUAGAAUUUAAAUAUGUCUUGGGACAUUUUUAACAAAUAGCCUGGGAGUAAGAGGUUUUCAUGCCAGGAGGCUUUCAUUUGAAUCAUUGAGACUGAGGGCUCAUAAAUGAAAGUUGUACUGCAUAUGGAACUUUUGGGGACUUCAAGUAUAAUCGGCAUGUUGACAGGCCAGUCUUGCACAUAACCCUCACAGAAGGAAGGAAAAAAUGGAAGGAAGGGUGGAAGGGUGCAAGGAAAGGAA